AUGUCCGGUAGCCGGAGUCCCACGGGAAUGGGUGACGGAUGCGAGAAGAUGGUCGGAGGCCCACCGUCCAACUUGGACUCAAGUUCGUCCGAAUCCAUCGACGGUGACAACAUGAAGUCACACAUACACAUGCUGCACAAACCUAGCGCGAUAUCGUUUGGGCACUCGAUGAUCACAGGCCAGGACCACUUGUCCAGUCACGAGAUGAUGUUCGGAGGCGGUGGCGACCUCAAGUCAUCGAUGUCCGGCGUCGGGGGCGUCGGCGCGGGCGGCAUGUCCAUGAUGGCCAACUCGGCGGCCGCGGCCGCAGCAUACCACCACCAGACGCAGCUGAUCGGCGGCGGUAUAGGAGGUGGUGGCGGCGGCGGUGGCAUCGUCGGCGGGUUCGGGUCUCCCAUCGGGAGUCGCCCUUUGAUCGCCACUGGCGUCGGCGGUGGAGUCGGCAACGGUGACCACCACAGUCACUUGCAGCAGAUCGCCGCCGGUCACCCCGCCGAUCCGUCGCUACUGCACGACUACCAUUCCUUAUGA